GCGGGAUAAGAGGGAGAAAAGACGAAGUGAAAAGUUUCUAACUUUAUAUGUCUUUGACAAAACUCAGACGCCUUGGGUUUAAGGAUGAAAUCCUGCAGUAUUUGAACAAAGCGAAUAUUUUAACAUGUAAGGACUUGUUGUCCAGAAGUCAGUUGGAGUUGUUACAUCAUGUUGGCCUGGGUAAUCAAACUGUCAAGGAGACUAUACGCAGAGCAUGCCAUGAAGUCGCUCCAGUUCCAACAAAUGCUCUCCAGAUGUGGAAGGAUCAUAAAGACCACUCAGGGUUUUUCAAAACCUCAUUACCAGGGCUGGAUAAGGUACUGCAUGGGGGCAUCCCACUGGGCUCUAUUACUGAGAUAGCCGGUCCCUCAGGCUGUGGGAAGACCCAGUUCUGUCUGCUCCUCUCCACUUUGGCCACAUUACCCACCCAGAUGGGGGGCCUAGGGGGUUGUGUGCUCUACCUGGACACAGAAUCAACAUUUUCAGCAGAAAGGUUAGUAGAAAUAGCAGAAAGCAGGCAUAGGAGUUAUUUCACAGAGCCCAGACUGGUGGAGUUGACGGAAAGUGUAUAUGUCUCUCAGGUACAGACCUCCUCAGAGCUCCUGUCUAGGCUGGAGAAUUUGGAAGCUGACAUAAUAAGGUUAAAGGUCAAGCUGGUGGUGAUUGAUUCCAUUGCCUCACUGAUAAGAAAAGAGUUUGACAGCCGUGUUAACCGCAGCAUGGUGGACAGAACCAAACUUCUCCUCAGGGAAGCCACCAUCUUGAAAUAUCUAGCUGAAACCUUUUCCAUUCCUGUCAUAGUGACAAACCAGAUUACAACUUACUUUGGAACCAUUGGACAGACACAUGAAACAGAUGAUGUAGUGUCACUGGAGGGGAGCCAAGAUUAUGUUACUGCUGCGCUGGGCAACACAUGGAGUCAUAGUGUCAACACCCGCCUCAUCCUUCAGUAUCACCGUGGCAACCAGCGACAGCUUCUGGUCGCCAAGUCACCUGCAGCCCCAUUCACAGUGUUUACCUACACCAUUCAGCCUCAAGGCCUUGUUCAAGAAGAGUUUGGUGCAGAUCAUUACGAAGGAACUGACCCUGGUAUCCAGCGAAUAAAGGUGCGAUCGGCUCUCCAGAUUAAAGGUUUACAACUGUGACCUUCAGCAGUAAUUAGAUGACUAGUGUAUUCUUGUCUUGAAGUAUGCAGAUGUUAAAGUGAUGAUCAGAUGCUUAGCCCAACAUUUUGUGAGGUGGAUUUUGAUGAAGAUAACACAAAGAAUCAAAUGGGUAAUCAUAUACGAAGAUAAAACCGGUAUCUUUAACGUAUGUAUUUAUAAGUGUAAAACGUUUUUGCCAAUAAAUUAUUUUCCUAAAAGCUUUUUUGUUUUUGGGGUUCAGUGAUACACUAAUGCAAUGCCCAUAGAAUACAUUCCUUCCUUAUGAAAUAUAUAUGAGAGUUGUUUCACUCCACUAAGCCAUUUUGAGAACCAGAAGGAUGUGGGGUUUCUGUACAAGUGUUUCUUCUAAGCCCUGUUGGAGAUCUGACCGAUGUAAGGCUGUAAGUAUUGGCUAUGCCUCGGUUCUCCAUCCUGAAGUAUUGGUUGUUAAUCACCCUUAAAGUGCUCUUUCAGUCCAAAGAGAGGACAGACAGAAAUUAUAAACUGAUGUAAAGGAUAGCCUAUGGAAUAUAGCUAGCACCACAGUUCAAAACAAUUUA